GGUAUAAAUGUUUCAGACUUUUAAUUUGAAGGAAUUCAUAAAGUUUUUAAAGUUCUGCUGUGGGAGUAAAUUCCAUAUGUCUGUUUUUAUUUUGUUUACUCAGCAAAAACACACCCAGAUACUUAUCAGUCAGAUUUAGGAGCACGUGUGCUUCCUCUGGCUGUUCGUUUCACUUUUUACUCCACAUUUUGAUUUUGUUUAGAAAGGAUUACAGCAAUGUUCUGCUGAGCUGUGGUGCCCUCAUGGAGGGGGCCAUCGACUUGAACACUGCUGCUCAGUGGCGGCUGGCCAGUAGAGGGCGACAGGGCGCCGCCCUCUCAGUUUUCCCGUGCUGUUUUUCAAUCGCCCAAACAGGACGAGACCAGCUGUCCAAUUGCUGACAAGAAUAUCAAAGGGUAGGAAUGGGAAUGUCAGCGUCGACGUUGUUUCAGAACGUUUCAGAAGCAUGAUGGGCGAUGGAGCUACCGCCAAAGGAUUCGUUGGUGUUCGGUAGAACUCGGCAGAGUCGUUUUUUGGUCGUGACGCAGAUGUAACAUGGACGCCGCCGGUGACUACAACCAGCAUGGAUACCGGAUCUCAGCAGCCACUGAAUUCAGUUCGGUCUCUUCUCCAGCAUCCGUUCGAGAGGAGAACUAUGGUGGAAAAACUUAAUGUCAAAGAGCUUGGACCAGAUCAGCCCGACGUAAAGAUAAGCCAGCAGGACAAGGAGAGAGGUAAACUGUACACACGAGGCUUCUGGGAAGGCUUGGCUAGCUGGAUGCAAUCACGCUAAUGCGUUAUUUUGCUUUCCGUGUUUGUUAUUCAAAACGACUUGGACAGAUAAGGCAUGGAUGAGUCAGGAGUUACAGACAUGAAACAUUUUUCUGAGAAGGUGAAGAAACACGAGUCAUCCCGGGCACACAUGGACAACAACACGGUGAAGCUAGCCAUGCUAGGCAGCAGAGCUAACGUUGCCAUGCAGGGAACAACAGCAGCUGGGUGCAGAGGUAAGCUGUACAUUACAUUUCUGUGAACAAGACAAUCAGAAUCAGAAAUCCUUGGUUGUCCCACAAACCGGGACAUUUGUUUGAUAACAUGUUUAAUGUGCAAUAACUGUAAAAACUAAUUUCAACACACAUACUUAUUAUACAUAUUUAAUCACGUAAAUGUGUAUUUCAUGUAAAUUUGUACAUACAUCAAUCUGAUUCCAUUUUACUUGUUACACUUCUGCUGCAGCAAACAAAUUUCCCAGCUUUUGGGACAAUUAAACAUUUCUGAUUCUCAUUUAGAUGUUUUUACCUCAAAUGUAAAAACAUCUGAUUCAGAAUCAGAAAUGUUUUAUUGUCCCAAAAAACGGGAAAUAUGACAUUUGUAAGAGGAUACUGAUGACAUUAUUUCCUAUGAAAGUGUUUCCUAUGUACUUAUCUGUUGUUUUUUAUGUAUCUACUUUAAAGAGGAUUAAGACUUUCCUUGAGGAACACCAUGACACAGGAUGGGCUGAAUGCUCUUGUCAUGCUCUCCAUGGAAAAAAAGCUUGUCACAAACAUUCCUGACUUCAAUAAAAAGCUCAUCGAGAGCUUUGCCACUCAGAAGGACAGAAGGGCAAAAUUUCUGUACAAAUGAGGACCUCCAAGGCCUGCAGAGGUCAGCCACUAAAAGGAGGAAGCCGGAGUACCCGGAGAGAACCCACGCAUGCACAGGGAGAACAUGCAAACUCCAUGCAGAAAGAUCCCAGGCCGGGAUACGAACUCAGGAUUCUCUUGCUUCAAGGUUCCAUCGCGGUGACUACCAUAUCGACGUGUGCAUAAACGACUAUCUGGAUGUCUACUGUCCUCAUUACGAAUCCUCCGUGCCCGAGGAGAGGAUGGAGCGCUAUGUCCUCUACAUGGUCAACUACGAUGGGUACAGCACAUGCGACCACACCGCCAAGGGCUUUAAGCGCUGGGAGUGCAACCGACCGCACUCUCCCAACGGCCCGCUGAAGUUCUCAGAGAAGUUUCAGCUCUUCACUCCCUUCUCCUUGGGCUUUGAGUUCAGACCAGGCAGAGAGUACUACUACAUCUCAUCCACCAUCGCAGAAAACGGGAGGAAAACAUGCCUGAAGCUCAAAGUUUUCGUCCGACCAUCAAAUGGCUGUGUGAAAACUAUAGGCGUACAUGACCGUGUUUUUGAUGUAGACAACAAAGUAGACAAUUCAGAAGAAUUAAGAGAUGGAAUCAGCCAUGAAACGGCUGCCCCCUCCCGAAGUGAAACAAACGCUGCCCCGCGCCUGCAGAAGACAAGUCCACCACUCGCUUCCUUGCUGGUUAUCCUAGCAGCACUGUUAACCUUAUAGCGCCUCCCUCUGUGCUGGAGGUUAUUUACACCUAGCGUGGCCUGGAUCUACCCUAGGCUGCAGGGUAGGCGUUGGAUUUGGGUGGAUUGCAUUUGCUUGAUCGGGCAUAAACGUAGGCUUCUCAAGAAACCCUCUACUUUUUUCAGAACAAAUAUUUAAGUGGUCUUUCUCCUUCUGAGAGCGAAAAAAGUUGACGUUGGAAUCGGGAAAGAUAUUUCCCCCUCUUAACCUUUGACUAAGAUGCCAAAUCCCAUUUUAAUUUUUUCAUUGAUUCUUAUUUCCCCGUGAUUUUUGACAUCCCUUCUCAUUGUAUUUAUGUCAUUUGCAGCACUGAUGUUUACCUACGAAAACAACUAGUGUAUAGCACACACACACACAUCCACUGCUUCACACAUUGCAAUGUUACACACGCUAAAAAAUAGUAGUAGAUUUUUACAGAGUAGUUGUAUUACACGGUGGGAUAGUGGCGAUUCUAGGUUCUAGACGUGACUGUACAUACAGCGUAGACAAACAGAACAAGUCCCAAGACAUCUCAAUGUUUUUAAUCGAGUUUUACAAGAGCAGAGGUGGAAUUUUGUGCUUUUAUCGCGGUUAAAGCGGUUUAAUCUGUAGAACGUGAAGAAUAAUUGUUUUAAACUGGAGGUUGAAUUAGAAAACCACGGCACUGACGAGCAUGCACGGUCAACGUAACGCAAUAAAGCCAAGUGGUCUUUCAAUUCAUGGUUUUAAAAUAGCGUCCAAAUUCACUAAAACAUAAAGCUAUUGUAAGUCAAGGAAAGACAAAAAUGGCGAAUGAGUGAACGGAGGUCAAAGGUGGCACGUCAGUUGGCCUGAUUUGGUUCGCUCCUUCUCACUAAAGUUGAAACUUUCUCACCCGACACUUUAGCUGCUGUUCAGAUCCAGAAUCCAUGCCUUUUGAGAGCCGAUAACCCAAUUUCACGGCAGCAGUCGCAGGCGUUUAUGCAAGGUUUACUGAGCUGGGCAGCAAUUGUUUUCUCUGUUCCAGUCGAGCAUUAGUCAAUAUUAACACUCCCACAAACAUUUGCAUCCACAGCUAUUUAUUUCCUGGCUAUUGAUUCUUAAAAUGAGCGCUUAAAAUGGUUUCACGACUAAAACCGGAUCAGAGCAAUCGAGCAGUACCGGUGGCGUCAUUAAACAUCGUCUUUAACUAUGCAGACGGUUUGGUUUAGGAUCCGAUUAGGUGCAAAUUGACACAAAUCGAGCAAAGAUUUGGGAAGAUAUCAUAGUGCCAUAUGUUUUUUUAUUACAUCUUAACAUAAUCAUAGCUUAUAACUGUGUUAAAUACCUGUUAGAUGUUUUUUACUGUCUGAAUGUAUGCCUUUCUCCAGUUAGUUUAGUUCAUGUUGUUUAAACUAUUCAUAACAUUCAAAGUAGGCACUGUUUAGCAUGGUCAGGUUUUUGUUGGCAUUUAAACGUAUCAUCGUUUUAUGUGCCGGGGUACGUUCGCGUAAUGAAAGCGUUUCGGCUUUAAUUUGGUUUCAAGGAGAUAUUUUCAGGUAGAAAACUUCAUUCUCAAGGUAACUUCCUGUCAGAGCUGGGGAGUCGAAGGCGGGUCACCAAGAGAUUCAGAAGAGGCGGACAGAAUGAGAGAAGUAGAGCAGGAAAAGGAGCACAGGAGCCCACCUUCUGCUCCUGGUGUUACUGGUUUAAGUGGCUCUUUAAUGAGGUUCUACACGACAGGCAUGCAGACCCCAUGUUGUAGCCUGGCGAGUUAUUUCUGGAAUUAAAAAUAGACGGUGGAAGACUCGGUGAUGGCGGGCGUCUCAGGAGGCGGGGUGUAGAUUUCCACUGUGUGGGGGGAGUUUAAAGCGCCGGUGAUUUUUCAGUUUGAGAGAUUUUGCAGGUUACGUAGAUAAAAAAGACAGAUUUAAACAUUAAAGGUAGACUGAGCUGUGCCUAACGCAACUUUUCAAGACAAAGCUGUUUUUAAAAUCCACGCAACACAACUGAAAACGGUCAUUUAGCAACAAACCUGCUGCUUCGUACCACUCAGCCUCAAAGGCACUGUUCUGCUUCUACUUGGUUUUUGCGGCUGCCUUUUCUUUCUGCUGUAAUUUUUUUAAUGCAAAAUAACAGAUUUUGCCUUUGGCCAUUUUUUGUACUUGGGUAACAACGCCAUUACAGCAGAAUGGUAGCUCGGCUAUGCGAGGUAAUAGGAGACGAGACCGUUUAAUGAGGCACUAAUUUUCCGAGCAUCACCACGGGGAAAUGAGCACUGCGUAAGAGUCGAAAACGAACGCCCGUCAGCAGAUUAGCACGAGACUUCUCUCAGAAACCAGCUUCAACUGUACUUUCUUACAAUAAUCAAUGCUAUUUGUUAUUAUUGCUAUCAUCACCACGGUUUGUACUGCACACACCUUAACCUGGGAAAUGAGGAUCAACUUAAAUACUGGAUACUGUGUAUCCUGAGGUAGACAACCAUAAAACAUGUAGUGUUAGGUUAGUAUCUGUUUUGUACCUUUCUGGAGGACAAAAAAAAAAGUUCAUUCAUUGUUAAACCUGUAUAAUUAUUAUUAUUGUUAUGAUGAUAAUGAUUAUGACUAUUAUUAUUAGAAGAACUUGAUGUAAAUAGUGUUUGAUAUUAAAGUAUUAAUUUGGUUCUUAUGUCUUUUCUAAAAAAAAACUGAAAACCAUAAUAUCUCUGGGUUUUGCGGAGUGUGUACUGUUCUAAAACAAUGCAUUGUGUGCUUUAAUCCUCAAUGCCUAAAGAGACUUUGUAACCACAAAGGGGGAACCCGCGGGAGCCGUGCGCAUCGGCGUACGGACGGCUGGACAGUAGCCAACGAGAGGCUCACCUCUUACAUGCUUCAAAACGACCUUCAUCUCUUCACAUGAGGAUCCUGCCUCGGACAGAAGCAUCUGGGACUUAAUCGAUUGCCUAUUUGUACUUUUAUUUUAUUUUGCCUAUUUUGGAUUUUCGAAGCAUGUUGAAAAAGAACUGUUGGCUUUUUUUUUUUAUUGGAAGGAUCUCACCAGUUUCAUUAUGUGGCAUGCGCAUGAACUUUAAAACAUGUAUAAAAGAAGAUCAAAAGUUUUAAUUUCUCCGGUUUAUUUUCUUUUCGAGGUAUUAGAUUUAAGGAUCGCUGUCAUGUUUGUGUGUUUUUUUUUUUUUUGCAUCCCCAUUGGAGUGGCGUCAGACUUUGUUCCCACAAAUGUAAAUAACACAAGCCAUUGUUGUGGUGUUGCAGUGUGGUUGGUCAUUUUUGUGGGUCAAAAGCAACUUUUACUUUUAUUUUCCUAAAAUGGCCGUCUCUUUACCCAUCUAUGGUAUUCACCCCCCAGUCUCUGCAGCUUAUUCGCUCUCCUCCAGGGCUCCCGUGAGGAGGAGUCUGUGAGAAGAUGCGUCAUUGUGGGCAUUUUUCAGUGUGAAGAAAAAAAAGUGUAGGCCCUAUAGGUUUGAGUGUGUGCGUGUCUCAUUUGCUGUUGCUGUAGUAAACGGGAGGCAGCAACCCUCUUUGGCAGCGAAGAGUGUUUCCCAUGCCUUAGCCCUUCAGCCUCUGCCCCGGCAGCCCUGUCUGUGUUCAAGACGCUUUCUGCCAUUGUGCUUUAACAUGGAGCAGCUGCUGGCAUCGAAGAGACUACAACAGGGCUCUCCUCUUCCUCUCUCUCUCUCUUUUUUAAACAACUCCCAACCACCCUUUCUUACGACAGACAGCAGCCCAGGGCACAGUUCAAGGAUUACUGCACCCCCUCCAUCAAAUCCUGAACUGGAUUGUUAGCGGGGGGGCAAAGCCCAUCAUCGAUCCAGGUUCUGUGCACAUGGGCAAAGUUUCUCCAACUCUCCUGUUGCUGAUGAAACACUUGUUCAUUCACCAUCUUGCCUCAUUCUCCUUGAGCUUGUACAACCCCCCCCCCCUCUUCUGCUGUUCCUCUUUCACCUUCAAACCCCCCACUCUGACUUUUCCAUCGGUGGGGAACGUUUCCAACCGGCUCUUUUACAGUAUAUAAAUGAGAACAUUUGAGAGGAAAAUGAUCCGUAUUUGUAUAUACACAUGUCUGAGCAACUAUGAAUACUACAAUAAAACAGAAAUACCUUGCUUUGAUGACUGUA